AUGGAUCGACUUCGCGAAACUGCUCUGUUCAUCAAGACAAAGGCAUCCAAGCAAGAAUAUGCUCAAAUUGAGGGCAAUGACAGUGAAGAGGCCUUGCUCUAUGAAACCACUUCAACUGGACGACCACGUUGGCGCCUGGUUCCUUUCAUCUCAUCAUUUUUACUUGGUGCAUUGACUGUGGUGCUCGCACUUGGUAUAUGGCAAAUCCUCAUCGCCAACAACCACCACACAAGGACAAAUCGACCUUUUCCUAAGAUUCGCGAAGGCACAGAUGAUAAAACGGGACUCCCAUUGAGUUGGUCUCAUGGCGACUGCGGCAAUUCUCCCACCGACGCGCAAGCUCUCGGUUGCCGAUACAGCAUCGUGUUGCACUCUUGGCUUCCCCAGGAUUGUCUUACAGAUGAUGAUAUGGAGGACGAAAAGCUCAUGUAUGAAGGCCGUAACUGGCCGUAUGAGAUCAACGGCAGAAAUCUCACGAUGGAUGAACUUCAUCUUGGUGACUAUGGUCACUUUACUACGACAUUUGACUGGCAUGUUGUCCACUGCAUGUAUGUGUGGAAGAGAAUUCACAGGGUAGCUCUUGAUGCGAGUCAAAAGAUUGACUCAUACACGGCCAAUUUUCACCAUACAAAUCACUGUGUUAAGAUGAUUGGAGGUGAUCCGGGCGGUAUGAAGGACUCUGGAACCAAGAUUUUCGUCAAAUAUCCCGUAUGUGCUUAA